AUGCACGGUGUUAAUCCAGUGGUUAUGAAGAUGGGGACAUACUCUAGAAACCAUGUGAUACCAGAAGCAAGCACAGGUGCAUCUGAUUCAGAUUUUUCCCCCUUUUAUCCUGGAAGUUUCUUCUCUGCACCGAAAUCAAAUUCAGGUCCUGACAGAACUCAGAUGGGUCCACAACCAGGUCUUCCAGUUGCACCCAUCCGUUCCAUAUCUCCAGCUGAGUUAGCUAAGAGUAACAACUCAGGAACUAAGCCCACAGAGGCUAGGAAACAGAAGUCUGCCGCCAGGAAUUCCAAUCAAGUUCCACCAAAGUAUUUGGGGCCAAAGCAACUAAAAAGUAAAUCUUCCAAGAAGAGCAAGGGACAAAUCACACCUAAAGCAAAACGUGAGAAAAAGAAUCUCGAUAUUGAUAUUGGCAAAACAAACUUUGAUUUACCUGGGGUUCCUUCUCCAUUUUGUUCUUGUACAGGUAUGCCUAGAGUUUGUUACAAAUGGGGUGCCGGUGGAUGGCAAUCCUCAUGUUGCACAAAUAGCAUAUCUCAGCAUCCUCUUCCACUGAGUUCAACUAGGCCUGGUGUUCGCAUGGCUGGGAGGAAAAUGAGCAAUGGAGCAUAUGCGAAACUUCUUCUGAAACUGUCAGCUGAUGGUUACGAUCUUUCUCAUUCCCUUGACUUGAAGGACCACUGGGCUAGACACGGUACGAACAAGUUUGUAACAAUCAAGUAG